GCUGUUGGGAGGCUGUUGGUCGACUGGAAAGUGUUUGAUUCUACGUCAGAGCAUUUAUAUCAGAUGGAGCAUCUCCAAAUAGAAGAUUUUACCGCCUACAUGGAAAUGACGCACCUACUUACCACACAACAAACCCAUAUGAUCCUUCUCGGAAGAUUUACUUCAUUUGUGAUCCUCCACACUUGAUGAAAACCACAAGAAAUAAUUGGGAGAAUAGUGGAUUCCACAACAAAACAAGAAAUCUGAUGUUUAAUGGUCAACCAAUAAGAUGGCCACAGUUAAUAAGCCUAGUAGAAGAUGGAGGAAGGUUCAGCCUUGCAAACAAAAUGACCUAUGAUCACCUGCAUCUGACACCGUCAUUAAGAAUGAAAGUGAAGCUGGCAACUCAGGUCCUCAGUACAAGUGUUGCUGAUGCCUUCAGGAUUGUUGGAGGUCAUGACACAACAUCUGUCGAGAAGUUUGUCCGAAUGAUGGAUCAGUUCUUUGACUGCCUGAAUGUUUCAAAUCGCUGCACUGGUGCAAGGAAAAGGAAACCAGUUCUUGAACCAUACACUUCUCCUGAUGACUGGCGUUUCAAGUGGCUCGAAGAAGAUUUCCCCCAUGGCUUCAUUGACCAAUGGGAAGCUGAAGCACAGGCAGUACCUAACCUGAGUAAGGACCAGAGGAAUCAAUUAUGCCUCAGUAGGGAAACGCUAGAGGGAAUCCGAAUCACUGUGAAAUCAUUUGUUGCCUUGGCCAGAGAUCUCCUGAUGUUGCCUGGUGUGACAUUCUUUCUCUCCGAAAAACUGUCACAGGAUCCGCUUGAAGAGUACUUCUCACAGCAACGAGGGAUUGGUGGCCGUUGUGAUAACCCAAAUGUGCAGCAGUUCAGCAACAAUGCGUUAAAGAUUCAGGUUGCACGAUCACCUGCAGUUCUAGCAUCAACUCGAGUGUGUAGGAGUAUGCAGAAACAAAUGCCCUGCAUCGGAGAGUGA